AUGGGCGUAGAAAAGUUUGUUGAGUAUAUCAGACAUGUUCGUUUGGUUUUUCCUGCCUCUCCUUUGGAUAUUGUGAUUGGGAAUUCCGGCGGAGACUAUGAUAGCUUUAUCAGUACCCUAAUGUUCUCGUACUUUCAGCAUCUAAGAAACGGUAGAGUGUUUUACCCCAUUAUCAGUUUUCCGGCAGACAACCUAAAACUGAGAAGAGAUAUUGUCCAUGGGAUGUCUAUAAUUGGUUUGGGAGAAAAAGAUCUGAUUUAUGUGGAUGAGUUAAAAGGUCAUGGAGUGAACGAAGUACAGUUGGUGGACCAUAAUGUCAUAGAUUCCCCAUUAGUCAAUGGCAAGGUGGUGGGGAUUAUUGACCACCACAACGAUGGCAAUCAAUAUAAAAGUGCAGACCCUAGGAUAAUUGAGGUUUGCGGAUCAUGCAGUUCUUUAGUGCUAAGAGAGUUUGCACCUGAAGUAGUAAAGGCUGGAUUGGAUGACAAGGAAAAGAAGUUCAUGAGCGCAGCAAUUCUGUUGGAUACAGAUGGCCUUGAAAGACGUGUUGAGAGUGUGGAUAUCCAGUCCUGGAAGGGGAUCAGUUAUAACCAAGAGGUUGGAACACUUUCGAGGGAAUUUAUCGACGCCAAGGCCAACAUCGAAGGUUUAAGUGUUUACGAUCUGCUGAGGAAAGACUAUAAGGAGUGGACAACAGGAAAAAUCAAGUUAGGUAUUUCCAGUACCAUUGUUCCUUUGGAAGAAAUCGAGAAAGAUAAAGAAGCUAUUGGGAAUUGGAUCAGAAAUAGAGAAUUAGAUAUACUAUUGGUCAUGGGUGCCUUUGAAAAAGAUGGGAAAUUCACAAGAGAGUUAUCUAUUCAUUCCCCGAGUGUUCAUGUUGGGAAAAUAGCAAUGCUCUUGAAGGAAGAGCUUCAUCUAGAGGGAAAUGGCCCUAUUUAUGAGCAGAAGAGAGUAGAAUGGUCUCGUAAGAAAGUGGCACCUUUUGCUAUUGAUGUCUUUAGUACCCUUACCAAAUAG